CUUUGGAUUCUCUCUGGUCCUGCAUUCAUGAUGCUUGCUGGCUUCCUCUUCCUGCUCCUUGUCACAGAUGUGGAGUCCUCUGAGCGUAACUGCAGUUAUCAGGAUGUUUUAAACCACUUGAACUUCACCAGAAACAAAGAGCUGUUCUCAGCGAUCCGGCCUGUUAAAAACUAUAAACAGCCUGUGGAGGUAACUCUGGAUGUACUACUCUAUGCCAUUCUGGGUGUGAGAGAAAAGGACCAGCAAUUUGUUUCUUACAUUUGGCUUGAUAUGUGGUGGCAGAAUGAGUUACUUUCCUGGAAUCCAGAGGAUUUCUGUGGUAUUAAGCAAUUUUCUCUUCCUACUGAAGUAUUGUGGAAACCAGAUAUAACGAUUGAAGAGAUGACAGAGAGGGAUGAGGCCCCUCCGAGUCCUUAUCUAAUUGUUCAAAGCAACGGUUUCAUCAAAGUUACGAACGACCAGGUGCUGGUGAGCUCCUGCAGGAUGAGAGUUCACAAAUUCCCCUUCGACAUCCAAAGCUGCAACCUCUCGUUCAAGUCUGUCGUACACUCUGUCAAUGAAAUACAGCUUGUUCAGUAUCUGAACUCUUCAAAGAUCACAGAGUGGUCUCGCAAGCUGAUGCGGACCCAGUACGAGUGGCUGUUCGUCAACAUGACUCUCUCCAACGAGACUGUCGACCUUUUUGGCUUCAUCCAAAGCAGGAUCGUUUACACUGUCACCAUGAAGAGAAGGUCUGCCCUCUACAUUAUCAACUUCAUGCUGCCCAUCCUGUUCUUCUUGUGUCUGGACUUGACCUCCUUCCUGAUCUCAGACAGCGGGGGCGAGAAGCUCAGCUUCAAAGUCACUGUGCUGCUUGCCGUCACCUUGUUACAACUUAUUCUGAAUGAAAUUCUUCCAGCCUCAUCAAACAGAGUUCCACUUAUAGCGGUCUACUGCAUUGGGACUUUUGGGUUGAUGAUGCUGAGCCUCCUGGAGACGACCGUGGUGAUGAAUCUGAGAGGAAGAGACUCUGUAUCCCAAAACAACGAGGCAGAGAAAAACCACAGCCGGAAUGAGGACUGUGAAGACAAACGAGGCAAAGUCAGCUUCCGUAACUCUUUUAGAGACGUUAAUAAAUUGAUUCCCAGUGCAUCUAUCUGUGACGUGUCUAAUGGUGAAAUUCCAUCUGAACAGCUGCCAGCAGCCAAAGAGGGGAGCAGCAACCAACUGAUGGAGGACUUUGAAAAGCUCUCGGAUGAGCUGAGGGAGCUGGUGAAAACACUGACUCUGUUCCUCAACCUCAGGAAGGAAGACGAGAAACCUGGCUACUGGAACAGAAAGACUAAAACUAUCAACAAAGUCUUCUUAAUUUUCUAUGUCAUAGCUGCCACUCUGUUUUUAGUCUUUAUGUUUUUCAGUUGGAAUUCUGAAGACUAAUAAUGGUAGAGAUAAUGAAUAACGAUAGAGUUCCCAGAAGUUGUAAACACAAAGUCUUUAUGUUUUUAAGUUGGAACUAGAAGAGUGCACGCAGUAAGGUGCAGAUUUAUGCAUAUGUAUGCAUAAAUCACUGAUCCAAUUUUAAGAUGUGCAAGAAAAACUUUUAAAGAAUACGCACAGUUGGCUUAUAUCUGAGCAUUUGGGUAAUUUCUGUGCAGAAAAGUAAAUCGUCAGGGACAAGAAAACACUGAAUUUGGAAAAAGUUUUUAUCAUUCUGAAAAAAUUAUAAAAAAACACAAAAAUUAAAAUCCAGACCGAAAAUUGUGAUGUAGGAGAGUUUUCUUUAACGAUUAAAGAGGCUUCUUUCAGUUAAAAAAAAAUCAUUUAGGUGUUAACAAAAUUGCAUGUUGUCCUACAUAAAUAUCUUUUUAGGGACAAUCCUUAUAAUCCAACCCAAAAUCAUUAAAGUAUUAAAAGAUUUAAAUGUAAAAUAUUUUAAAAAAGAAGCAUGCAUUAAGUGUAAAUUCAUAUCAAAUUGCUCCAAAUUGGUAAAACACAUCUAUAAUAUUCUGAAGAUAUUAAAAUGGAUCAAUAAUA